AUGGGUGAUAGGCUACGCCUAGCAGUUCGUAUCAUGGGCAAUGCUUCUUCUUUGUUGCUUUAUGCUGCACCAAUCUUGACUUUUACAAGGUUAGUAAGGAAAAGAAGCACUGAAGAAUUCUCAUGCAUCCCAUACAUCGUUGCACUAUCGAAUUGUCUCCUUUACACAUGGUAUGGAUUGCCUGUUGUGAGCUACAAGUGGGAAAAUUUCCCUGUCAUCACCAUUAAUGGUUUAGGGAUCAUCUUAGAGUUAUCUUUCAUCUUCAUCUAUCUUUGGUUUGCUCCAACAAGAGGAAAGAUUAAAGCUGGUACCAUAACGACGAUGGUUAUGGUAAUAUUUACCGUAACUGCAAUUAUAUCGGCUUUCGUAUUUCAUGAUCAUCAUCAUCGGAAAGUUUUUGUUGGGACUAUUGGGCUGGUGGCUUCAGUGGCAAUGUAUGCUGCUCCACUUGUCGUCGUGAAACAAGUGAUAAUGACAAAGAGUGUGGAAUUUAUGCCGUUUUAUUUAUCUUUUUUCUCGUUCUUGGCUAGUGUUCUUUGGUUGGCUUAUGGACAACUGAGUCACGAUCUCCUUCUAGCGUCACCUAAUCUGGUUGGCCUCCCCUUGGGCAUAUUGCAACUUGGACUUUACUGCAAAUAUAGGAAAAGAGGAAUUAUAGAAGAAGAACCAAGCAAAUGGGAUUUAGAGCAUAAUAAUAUCCAGGAGAAACCCAAACAUAUGCAGCUCUCAAUGAACGAAGAUGUCAAUGGAAAGAUCUGAAAAGCAUAUUAAACCUUAGGGUAUGGACUUGUAAUAAUUAUUAUUCUUAAAAGCUAAAGGUGAAAGUUAUUACAAUAUAAA